AUGUUAGUUAAAGUCUUUUAUUCUUUCAAGGAUUCAGACACCACUUGCCUUUGUUCAUUCGACAUUAUACUUGAACGUCACUACGAACGUGAACACUGGAUCCCUAUUUCAUUGAAACAAUGUUUAUUAAGUGUAUGCUCUUCUUGUCCUGAUCAACUUAUGCGAACUGACUAUGAUAUGGCAAUCUAUAGUGCAAAUAUUGAAGAAAGUAAUAUAGGUCAACAGGAAUCCUUAAAAGACGUACGAAAUUCGGUUAUUUGGGAAGGUCACGGCUUACUCUCCAACCUCUUACGCGACAAUGAACAUAUCACUGUAACUGGUCAGAUCGCAAAAGCAACAGAGGAAGCAUUUGAUUAUACUAUUCAAGUCUUACUUCAACUUCAUCCAGUAUGCUUACCCACUUUUCGACCGUUUUCCUCAAGUCAACCCCCACUACAACCUUCCGGAGAAUGGCCGAGACAUAUGAAUCUAACAUCACAUCCUUAUGACGACCGAUCUUAUCGAAAACUGACUCCACCUUUAUCGAAUACAUCUAUACAUCCAUCUCAUCAACAAAAUUAUCCUCAUCAAUAUAAUUCACCCCCAUCCACUCUUCUUUCCGAAAUACCACCAACAUCGACAUCAUCAACAUCAUCGACAUCCACUACACCACCACCACCUUCUUCUUCAUCCUCAUCUUCAUACACUGGCACUGUGACAACAUCAGGACCAAUUUCUAGUUCAGGAACUCGAAAAACGCCCGUAGAUACAUUUUACCAUCAAUCAAGAAGGAAGAAACGAGACACCAAACCUCCAAACACUAGUGAUGUGCGUCCUUUUAUUGAAGUUAACAAGGAUAUACAUGGUCGUUAUAUCUUACCAGUUGAAGUGGAUUCUUGGACUGUACUUGAUUUGGGAAGUGUGGUUUACAAUCGAGUGGCCUUUCAUAAUCAGCGUUAUAUUUAUCCUGUGGGUUAUUGUGUUAAGAAAUGGUAUCGAAGUAUGGUGGAUCCUCAUAGUGAUACUCAAUAUACAUGUCAAAUUUUAGACGGAGGUGAUGAACCAAUAUUCCAAUUGGAGGCGGAUGACAAUCCUGGUGAAGUUUGGAGAGGCCCAACACCAACUACUGUCUGGACAAUUGCUGUCCGAAGAGCCUUUGCUAUUCGUAAUAUGGAUUACGGACAUAACCCCGUUGGUCCCGAUUUUUUUGGUCUCCGGAAAAAUACGAUUGCCAAGAUGAUUCAAGAUUUACCAAAUGCAGACAAGUGCAAGAAUUAUAUCUGGCAGAACUUUGAAGCUAUCACUACAUCUGGAACAAAGAACAAGGCAAUGCGUAGAUCAAACACUCGGGUUAGUACGAGCAGUAGUAGUACAUCCACUAGUAGUGAAUCAGCAGCAAUAACAACCACUUCUCAAGUUACAUCACAACAAUCAUCAAUGACAGAUGAUACAAAAAUGUCAACUUCUCCAACAACAUAG